AUGAGGGAAAGGAACAAGGAAGGAAACCUGGAAAACCACAGCGACAACUGGCGUUGGGCGACGUGGGAAUUCGCCGAGUCGGAGUUCGAGGUCAAAUUCGCAGUCGUCGACUCGAAAAGCGGUGGUGUUUUCAUCUACACCCGAGUAUAG